AUGAGCAUUCGGUUCAUCCUGUGCUUUAAUAAGCAAGGAGUUGUGCGAUUGAUACGCUGGUACGUUGGCAACGAGAGUUCUGGUGACACACAGGAUGUGAUUGCCCAGAUAUACAGACUGAUCAGCAGUAAAGACCAUAAACGUCACAGCAAUUUUGUUGAGUUCUCCGAAACGACUAAACUUGUGUAUAAACGAUACGCUGGGCUAUACUUUGUGAUGGGUGUCGAUUUAAGAGAUGACGAUCCUAUAUAUCUGUCGCAUAUCCACCUCUUCGUUGAAGUGUUGGACUCGUUUUUUGGGAACGUUUGCGAACUGGACAUUGUUUUCAACUUCUACAAAGCCUACAUGGUUAUGGACGAAAUGUUUCUUGGUGGAGAAAUACAGGAGGUCUCCAAGGACGUACUCAUAGAACGACUCGGGACACUAGACAGAUUGGAAUAA